AUGUUCAGUCCAUCCUUCGAGUUUUGGUUCGCACGUCAGCCUUCUGAAUACUCUCUGGUGCCUUCCGCAUCUAUGUCUUGGACUAUGUCUGUCCACGGUUUUGAUUGCAAUUACUCCGGUGACGACUUUCUGUGUUCAACACCUCUCGUUGGGAACCAAACCGAACAGGAGUCUCUUCUCAGAUUCCCCCCUGCUAGACUAUUGAGUCUGCGAGACUCUAUUUGUUCAAACACGUUUCAACAUAGCAGUGAAGAACAGGCAUUUGAUGCUUUUUACGGAUCAUGUUUGACAUCCACAACCGGAUCUUAUGGAAGUCACGCGUUCCUAGACAGCGUCGAUACUCAAGGGCUUGAGGGGCCUUUCCUACACCAACAUCUGCCCCUCGAUGACCCAUUCCGUGCUGCACCAUACGGAUCCGCGCAUAACGCCAACGCCUAUUUGGAUGGGUUACUUCCCGAUGAAAGCAUGGAUGGCAUAAGUUUCGGGGAUCCUUCAGGACCGAGCAAGUUAACAGACAUGGUAUUUGGGAGUCUCUUUGACGGGGCAGACGGGCUCGUGAAGUUUCCUUCGUCUGAUGGAAAUAACGGAGAAAGACGCUACGCUGCCGGCCGUUUUGCGAAACAGGGAGUGAAAGCUUCGAAAAACGCAAAGGGCAGAUAUGAGUGCAGGGCAUGUCCAGCAAAUUCUGGGCGGAUACGCGACUACGCAUCAACGUCGAGCCGAAGAAACCACGAAAGAGAAUCCCACGAGCAGCCCAGAGGAGGCAAGGCAAAAUUGAAGAAGGUCAACGUUAAGAUGGAACAUGCUGGCCAGAAGCGGAAGGAAGAGAAGAAAAGGAAGUUGAUUCAAGAAAUAGCUGAGAAGCUAGAGGAGCUGCGAAAUUGCUGA